AUGUCAGAGAAGCGGCCGGCCUCCAGCUCCAUGGCCUCGGGCCAAUUGGUCAAGCGCCAGAAGUCGGACAACUCGAUGGCUCUGACUUCGGCCUCGCAGAAUGGCGCCCUCAUCCAGAGCACCCACCGUGGCCCUCCUCUGUCCGCUCCUGUCAUGGAGCUGUCUGGCCAUACCGGCGAGGUGCUUGCUGCGCGCUUCAACCCCGACGGAAACUACAUUGCCUCGGCGGGCACCGAUCGCAACAUUCUCCUCUGGCGCACUUCUGGCGACUGCCAAAACUACGGCAUCCUGUCCGGUCACAAAGGCGCAAUUCUCGACCUGCAGUGGUCGCGCGACUCGCGCAACCUCUUCUCUGCUUCGGCGGAUAUGCACAUUGCCAGCUGGGACCUCGAGACUGCCCAGCGCAUACGAAGACACCAGGGUCACGACGAGGUCAUCAACGCCCUUGACAUCAGCCGCCGUGGCGAGGACAUACUCUUCAGCGCCUCCGACGACGGCUACAUAGGCAUCUGGGACCCUCGCCAAAAAGCCGCCGUCGACUUUAUCGAGACGCGCUUCCCCGUUACUGCCAUUGCUCUAGCCGAGGCCGGCAACGAACUUUACUCGGGCAGCAUCGACAACGACAUCAAGGUCUGGGACUUGAGGAAGAAGCAGGUCUCAUAUUCUCUGGCUGGUCACACCGACACCAUCACCUCGCUAGCGGUCUCUCCCGACUCUCAGACCCUCCUCUCGAACUCGCACGACAGCACCGUCCGCACCUGGGACAUUCGUCCCUUCGCCCCUACCGAGCGUCACAUUAGAACCUUCGAUGGUGCCCCCACAGGAAUGGACAAGUACUUGAUCAGGGCUACUUGGGAUACAAAGGGAAAGCGCAUCGCUGCAGGCAGUGGUGACCGCUCAGUUGUCAUUUGGGAAAACAGCACGGGCAAAUUGCUGCAGAAGCUGCCUGGUCACAAGGGUUCCGUCAACGAUGUACGCUUCGCGCCCAACGACGAGCCAUUGAUUCUUUCUGCCUCUACCGAUCGCAACCUGAUGCUCGGAAGUCUCUCGACAUGA